AUGAAUCUUUAUUUGCAGGUGCACAGUCUGCUAAAUCUCAUCGGUUAUCGUGAAGACAUUUAUUACAUUUUUGGUUUAUUCUGCUUAAUUUCAUGGUUUAUUUUCAAUGUUUGGAUAUUGCGUGAUUAUUUCUUUCCGUGGUGGUUUGAACCGAUUUAUACGGAGAAAGGCUUGAAUAAAGUUGAUUUAGAGCACAAGAAGAUUGAAUUCCUUCUUCGUCAACGCAUAAACAAUGCAUUUGCGAUUUCGAUAUCAGUUGCAGCACCAAGUACAAUACGAAAUUCGCUAGGAUUUACGCCUCAAUUAAAUACAGCAAUUUUAGCAGAUCUUAAUAAUUCACCUCAUAUUCAACAGCAAUCACAAAUUUUAAAUCCUGUUACUUUGUCUAUGCUUGAACAGACUGUUUAA